CUCCUGCCGAUUCGCAGAUCACACAGUGCACGGAUAAAUCCACCACACCACGGUCUGCCUCUCACUAGGAUCGUGCCUGUUAGCACGCUCACACACAGUUGAGCCGGAGUAGAGGCGGUCUGGAACGCGGCCCCAAGGCACGAAGCAGCGGCAGCAGUGGUAGCAGCUGUCAUGUGAAUCAGCUGGACGAACAAGGAAGGGGAUAAACAACAACACGAAUCCGUCUUUUUAAAUCGAGAUUAUAUCUGGUGAGGUGGCAGGAUGGCGGGAGCAGAGGUGUUCACCCCUGCAAACCCCACCUGCAAGAUAAUGACCUUCAGGCCCACCAUGGAAGAGUUCAAGGACUUCAACCAGUACCUGGCUUAUAUGGAGUCUCAGGGCGCACACCGCGCAGGCCUGGCUAAGGUGAUUCCUCCUAAAGGCUGGAAGCCCCGUCGUACCUAUGACGACAUAGAUGAUCUGAUGAUUGAUGCUCCCAUCCAGCAGAUGGUGGCUGGCCAAUCAGGGCUCUUCACUCAAUACAACAUCCAGAAGAAGCCUCUUAGUGUGCAGGAGUUCAGGCGAUUAGCUAACAGUGACAUGUACUGUACACCUCGCUACCUGAAUUAUGAAGAUCUUGAAAGGAAAUAUUGGAAGAACCUCACUUUUGUCUCCCCCAUAUAUGGUGCUGAUGUCAGUGGCAGCCUUUAUGAUGAGGAUGUGGAGGAGUGGAACAUUGGCCACCUGAACUCUAUCUUGGAUGUUAUCGAGGAGGACUGUGGUGUUUCCAUCCAGGGGGUUAACACUCCAUAUCUCUACUUUGGCAUGUGGAAGACCACCUUCUCCUGGCACACUGAAGAUAUGGACCUGUACAGCAUCAACUACCUCCACUUUGGAGAGCCCAAGUCCUGGUACGCCAUCCCCCCUGAGCAUGGGAAGAGACUGGAGCGUCUGGCUACAGGUUUCUUCCCCAACAGCUUCAAGGGGUGUGAGGCUUUUCUUCGUCACAAGAUGACUCUAAUCUCCCCUUCCAUACUGAAGAAGUAUGGCAUUCCCUUUGAUAAGAUUACUCAGGAAGCUGGAGAGUUUAUGAUCACCUUCCCUUAUGGCUACCAUGCUGGCUUCAAUCAUGGCUUCAACUGUGCGGAGUCCACCAACUUUGCUACUGUGCGCUGGAUAGACUAUGGCAAAGUGGCCACACAGUGCACGUGUAGCAGGGACAUGGUAAAGAUAUCCAUGGAACCCUUUGUGAAACGUUUUCAACCUGACCGGUACCCUAACUGGAUGCUGGGCAAAGAUUCUGCACCUAUUGACCACACACAUGCCACUCCCAGUACAACACCAGAGCUGCAGAGCUGGUUGCAGAGGCGGCGCAAGACCAGAACUACUAAUAAAAGCAGCAGCCACUCUCGUACGCGCUCCAAGCGCCUCAGAACCUCAGAGGAGCCUGUUGGUCUGGAUGGGGGCUCAGCGUUGAGCAGCAGCAAGAGGAAAGGCCUUGGUGGUCCGCCUGGGUCCAAGAUGCGAAGGUCUGUGGCAGAGACAACCUGCAGGGAAGAGGAGAAAGAGAAGAAAAAGGAAGCUGAGUCAAAGCACAACCAGAAUCAGAACUCUGUUCAGCUUUCUGGUCCUUGCAGACAGAUGUGUGUGGUCAAGGUAAAUCGUGUAGAGAGUAAUAGUUUGGGAUUUUCUAAUAAGGAGACAUCCCAUAACUCUCACUGCAGCCCCUUCCCCUCCCCUGCCUCACUAGUGAGGAAUGACCUAAAGGCAGAGACGGUCACUCAUACUGACCCUCAACACCUCUCAGGGUCAGGGGUCAUGAUCAGGACUCCUGAAGGACUUAGACAAUGGCCUCAGGCUCCCCAGAUGCAUCCUGGAAUUACUGAGUCAAGGUGUCGCUCUCCUGAACCACAAGACCUCUCAACUUCUCAGGACUGCUCUAUCAGGGUCCCUCCCCAGGAGGUCAACAAACUCAGCUCAUCUUCCCACACAACAAGCACUGCUGCUGAAACUGAGAUGAGCUUGUGUCCCCCUGACUCUGACGCUCAGACAUCUAGUUCAUGUAGAGAAGACACUUUAAGCCUAACACCAAACACUGACAGCUGCAUGGACACAGGUACUGAGAAUUACACUAACAACACUGCUAAAGCAAAGAAAAUGGACACAGUUGUUGAUCCAAAACAUAUCAAUCCAUACUCCACUACAGAAGCACUUUAUGAUCUCAAAACUGAGCCAGUAGAGGGGGGUAGUUACACAUCAUGUGGCUCCUUCUCCCCUCCAGGACACACUUGCAGUUUAGAAAAAAGCAGCACUGAGGAAAAUCUUUUCCCUCCUCUGCUACAGAGGAAUGCAGUGGAUAUGCCACAACUCACUCCAGAGCCAGCAGAUAAGGUUGGAAUCUGCCCUUUGCCGCCUGUACUGAUUCAAGAGAUGCCCUCCCUCACCCCGGCUGAUGAUGGACUAACUGACGUCCCAAAGUCUAGAUCUUGCAGUCCCCAGGUUGCACCUGUACUUCAACGGGAGACGCCAACUGGCUCUCCGUCCUCACAUGGAGCCAAACAGGAAGAGAGAGAAACUGACUUAAUGAUGUCAAAAGAACCUCUUACUGUAGAACAUGCCAACAACUGGCAUUUAGAUUCUCCAUAUAAUUGUGAAGGGGCAGCUGUGUCUGGUUUAGAAGGAAACACGGCUCAUUUAACCACCAAUGCUAUGCACAAAAUAACAUCUGGUGGUGUCCACGAAAUGCUAAUAAUGCCAGAAAUUGCUGCAGAAAAGGAUCGUACAAAGCUGGAAAAUGUUACUGCUGGACAGAGUGACGCUUCCCCUCGCCAGCUAGUUCAGAGCAUUGUACCUCAAGCAGAGCAGCAAUACAGCUUAGCAGAGUUAGCAAGUAAAGAUAACUCAAAGGACCCAGCUCAAAGAGACAGUGCAUUCAGUCUGAGCAGUGCUGGUUUUCUUUUAACUGAUACCUCGCACAAUAAUCCCCCAGCCCCUUCCCUUCCAUUAUGCUCUCAAAGUCACUCAGCAUUACAACUCCACCACCACACUACAUACUCCCCUUCGAAUUGUACUUCCCAGAACCCGUACAUUGAGCCCAAACCUUUCUCCAGCAGCAUCUGGAAAAAUUUCAAUUCCCAGGGUCCUGCAGUACUCAUUCAGAGUCUGCAUCCAGAACUCCCUUCUGACUUUACCCAUGACCCCCUACCUUACACCAUGUGGACUGAACCCCAGUGCAAAGAAGUCACAGACCUGGAGGACCCAGAACAAGACCUCCGUGAGUCAGAGAACCAGGAAGAGGAAGGUGGGCCUCUCACCUGGGCCCAGCUCGAACCCACAUCGCUAGUUUCAGUCGGUGCUGUUGAGCCCCUGGGGCUUUGUGGAGAUUAUGAACUCCACAGAGGGGAAGUGGAUGGGUCCGAAGCCCUUUCCCUGUGCAGGGAGCUGGGGAGACAAAGGGAGGCAGAGGAGAGUCUACACCACUCCGAUAGUGCUGUUUCACUUCUCGGAAUGGGAGGAGGAGAACAGAAUGGGGUGUCGGAUAUGGAAGAAGGGGGAUCUGAUGGCGAAGAGGCAGCGCAGCAAAGUAGUGCCAAGGGAGAGAGCAGUAGUGACUCAUCUGAUGAAGAAGAAGAAGAAGAAGAAGAGGAAGAAAAUGACACAAGUAACUGUGAGUGUGAUGAAUCAGGCCUGGAACCUGGGGAGGUUUGUGCUUACCCUGCGCUGUCAAUGAAGAGGACCACUAAGAGCUGGCGUCACCCACUCAGGAAACCUACUGCAAGGGCUGUACCCACUGCUGUCAAACAGCAGGCUGCCAGUGAUGAUGAGCCCCCUGAAGCAAACCUGGCAGAGGAGGAGGAGCUGGAAAUGGAAGCGUGGGCGAAGCCCCUCAUCUACCUGUGGCAGAACAGGAAGAGCUGCUUCACAGCAGAGAGGGAGUACAAUGCUCAUGCAGCCACCAUGCAGCCAUACUGUGCUGUGUGCACACUCUUCAUGCCCUAUUAUCAGGCUGAAGACAAAGCAGAGGACAAUACACCUGUCGUAGCUAAGGACACUUCCGAGCCUUCAUCUCCAAUGCAGGGCCCCACACGUCCCUGUAGAGGUCUGAGAAGGACCAAGCCCCUGGUCCCAGAGAUCUGCUUUUCUUUCCGGGAACAGAACUGCCCCCCAACUCCCACUAACCCCCUGCUGCAGGAAGAUGGCACCUCCCCUCUGCUCUACUGCCACAGCUGUUGCCUGCAAGUCCAUGCAAGUUGCUACGGUGUUUCCGCUGAUGACGUCAGUGAACAGUGGUCGUGUGAUCGCUGUUCAGAAGGAACCUUUACAGCAGAAUGCUGUCUCUGUAACCUCAGAGGUGGAGCUCUGAAGAAAACCCAAAACGACAAAUGGGCUCACGUGAUGUGUGCAGUAGCACUGCCAGAGGCAAGGUUCACAGAUGAAGCCAAGAGGAGUCCCAUUGACACCAGUAUGAUCCCCAUGCAGCGAUAUAAAUUGAGGUGCAUCUAUUGUCGUAAGCGCUGUGCAGGAAAGCGACAGGCAGGUGCUUGUAUCCAGUGCUCAUGUGGCCGGUGUCCCACCUCCUUUCAUGUGACCUGUGCCCAUGCUGCCGGUGUAAUCAUGGAGCCUGAUGAUUGGCCAUAUGUCGUGUCAAUCACCUGCCAUAGACACCAAUCACGGAGUUCGUCAGCUAAGCAGCGAGCGUGCCAAGCGUCCAUCUCACUGGGCCAGACGGUGAUCUCCAAACACAAGAACCUGCGCUACUACAGCUCAAAGGUCACCCAAAUCACAUCCCAGAUGUUCUACGAGGUCAUGUUUGAUGACGGCUCCUUCUCCAACGAUACCUACCCCGAGGAUAUAGUGAGCAGAGAUUGUGUGAACUUGGGUCCUCCUGAAGUGGGGGAAGCUGUUCAAGUGAAAUGGCCUGAUGGGCUGUUCUAUGGUGCCAAAUACCUGGGAUCCAAUGUCUCCUACAUGUACCAGGUUGAGUUUGAGGACGGGUCUCAGGUGCUGGCAAAAAGAGAAGACGUCUAUACUUUAGAUGAAGACCUGCCUAAAAAGGUGAAACGUAGACUUUCCACGGCAUCAAGCAUGCGUUUCCAAGACGCCUUCUUCACAACGCAGGGGGAGAGGAAACGGCAGAGAACACCCAAUUCACGCUUCCAAAAAGACUAUGUGGCCCUACCAGGCCUCCGUACAACUGCCAAAAGCACAUGGGAGCAACGCAGCCACAAAGGGAAAUGAAGUCAUGGAAAAGGAUCAAUGACAAAUGAAUGCACUGAUGCACAGGUUGUUUGUGCGGGUGUGAGUAUGCUUGUGUGUAAGUUCUUUGGAUCUACUUCCAUCUUAACGAUUGCCCACACAACUUCCCUGUGAACAGAUCAGAGGAAACAACGUAAGGGAAUGGGUGAUAUGGGUUAGAUGGAUGACGAUAACUUACGUGUGCUUGUACAUUAUACAUCAGUGAUUGGUGGCUGGGUGUUGGGACGGGCUGGAGAAGAAUUCUGAUUGGACACCUGGACUAAAUAGAAUGGGUUAACAGAGGGCAUUGUUGCCUCAGUUGCCUAGUGCUUUCACAUCCGUCAGGGAAAAUAAACGUGACUUACAUUUGUCACAUCACCCUUUUUGAAAUAAACAACUUAAACUUUUUUCUUUGUACAUGAAAAAUUCACAGGUGAGAUUUUUCUAAAUAGCUUGCCUAUGGUAGCUUUUUCGGGAUCUGUUAUUUCCAGUUUUGAUUUUGAAUAUUUAUGCACUUUGUAGUAUUUGCCUCAUGUCUUACGGUUUCUCCCCGCAUGUUAAACAUUGUCUCCUAACUGCUUCUGCAGGGCCAAAUCCAAUUACACUACAAUGGCUUCCUCUCUGCAUAUAUGAAUUGUGUAAUUUGACACUGAAAAAUUAAUCACUGCUGAAUUUAAAAAAAUAAAUAAAUAAAUGUAACCACAUAUUAAUCAUUUCCUAAGGUGAAAGAAUCAGACAGGAAGCCAUGCCUUUUGUGUUGGAUUCUUUGCCCUGUUAACGUGAAAUGCUACUGUAGCUCUGUUGAAUGAAACACAUUGAAAUUAUUUAAAAUUUGUAUUUAUUUUUGGCUUGCUAUAGUUAAACUAUUGCUAACUGCUGUAAGGAAAACAAUAAAAAAUUACAUAUG